GAGGGAGAGAGAAAACACAAAUCGAUGAUGGAUCUGUACUCGCUGCACCUUUCCUUUUCGUUCUCUCUCUCUCUCUCUCUCAAAGAUUAAGAUUUUAGAUCUGGAUCUAUUCACUAUUCACCGUAAGCUAUUGUUCCCGAGGAUCUGGACACCUUCCGUAAGAUGGUUGAAGAUGGAUCCCUAGCCGUUGCAUCUGGUGAAGACGGUGGUGGUUAUUUUUUAUCUAUUUUAAAGAUUUGUUGAUUUGAACAGGUUUUCACCACAAAUCUUCUUUGUGUUUUUUGUACAGGUUUUCCCUAAGAUGGUUGAAGAUGGAUUCCCAAGCCCUAACAAUGUCACAAUCGGAGCUCAUUGAUCAUGCCGAUUUGGACUUUUUAUUGUUCAGACAUGUUUAGGCAAGAUUUCGGCAGCCAGACAAUGCUUCAUGUUAGGGUUUUUCGAUGGAUGGAAUUUGUGGUAUAGAGAGGCUGCUUGGAGAUGGGUUAAAGCCUGGUCAAUCGAGUCACACCGAGUCAGAGUAAAACAUGUUCGUGAUUUAGAGAUACCUCUUUGAACUGGAUGGUCAUACGUAUGUCACAGAUACCUCUUUGAACUGGAUGGUCAUAUCGAUCGAAUCCUUCUAUCUGCGUCAAGAGCGAAAAUCUCCUCAGCAUUCCCAAAAUCGACUUUUUGAUCGAUUCUCAUCCAGCUAACAUCAGCAUCAAAGUGCAAGAAAGGAACUUUAAGAUAUUGGUUAAGUGCAGGGCCAGGGGAUUUCUUACUUAGUCCUUCCGGGUUUCCGACAUCUAUGUUCUACGCGGUCGUUAUCGACGAAGAGUUCUUGCAGUGUAAAGAAGGUGUAAAACUGAUAACUUCCAUAAUCCUAUGAAAGUGCUAUUUUUUUCAACAAGCAAGAAUGUGAAUUACCUCCAAAAUGUGUUGUUGAAACUCGAAGUAGAAGAGAAAGGGGCGCUUGCGUCAAUUUGGGUGGAUGAUGACGAGUAUGUCGCAGAGCAUCCGAAUGUGAAUGUGGGUUUCGUGACGCAUGAGAAAGAGCUUAUUUUGCCGUUCUUUGACAAGAUAUUAAGCGGGUGUACUGCGAAACGACUUCUUGAAUUAGCUCCAAAGUUGGUUGAAAAAGGGAGGUUGAAGAGUCUUACAGUUGGGAAUAUUACAGUUGAGGAAGCUAAACAAGCUGCUGAGAUGAUGUAUACUGGAAGAACAAUUCCUGUAUUGCCAAUUAUUGAAUGGGAUGAAAAGCCGAUUGGCGACGUUUCAACAGCAAGAGUUUGGUUCUUUCAGCAGUUACUACUGCGCUUUCUAAACAAGAAACCAAUAAAGAACGACGUUAAGUACCAGCUAAAACUCCAAAGCCAAAACUCAUAAGCAAAGAUUUGAUUAGAAGGGGCUUCCGUUAUUCAUGCAAAUUUUGGGUGUGGUUAAUGAUCAUCGUAUAUCAUGUUUUAGACACACCGAGUGCAAUGGCAUAGCUAAAAAGUUUCUAAAACCGGUAUAUAAAGAAACAAAAUGUUUUAAGAUUUAAAUAAACCCAAUUGAAUCUGUUUGUAAGAAAAUGGAUAUGAACCUGUAUGCAUGCUUGAUUGGACACUUAUUUGAUCUUUUUGUUUCAUUUUUUAGUAAGGACAUGUUUGGCUUAA